AUGAGAGACAUUAAUACUGACGCCUGCCACAAAGAGGCUGAAGAGCUUGGAAAGUAUGGGAAGCUGGACUCUGAUUGUCUGAUGGCUGUGUGGCUGACUACUAUCCCCCAGAAAUGUGCAGGCGCUCAAGUGUGUGACGUGACAAGCUGGGACGACCAAGCCUCACUAUUCGAGGAAGCCAUCAAGUUCUCUCCCAGCGGCACAAUCGACAUCGUCGUAGCAAACGCCGGCCUGGGUGCCCUCGGUGACCCGCUUGUACAGCCUGGGGACCUGUCCGGUCCUGCGACCAAGCCAGACCUGCGGAUCCUAGAGCACAUCAAGUCGAAGAUGAUCGAGGCGGUCGUGGAAUUUGCCGAGACGGAAGAUGCGGUCAAGGCCGUGAUGAGAAUAGCAACCGAUUCGUCUGUCAACGGCCGAUCGCUCGGUGUUUUGAGCCGCGACCGGGCGCCUCAGGGAUACAUUGAUCUUGACAGUGAUGACUACCGGGAAGGCGGCUUUUUUUAUCCCAUGGAACAAUUGGCAUUGUCGAUCAAGUUCGGAUAG